AUGAUAAAAAGGUUCAUAAAAACAGAACGGGGCUAUAAAAGUUACACUAGGGGCCCUCGCGCUGACGCCUCCUCGGCGGUGGCAGGCUACCGCGGCUCAUCCGAUGGCUCUGCUCUCUGGACGGCCUGUGGACCGAGCGUUGCGCGAUGCGUACCAUCCGGGCUGCUUUGCCGCGAGCCGUGGGUCGGCCUGCUGGGAGGCGGAGUGGGUGGCGCUGAGGGAGUGAUGCGGCGCACAGUCAUCACGGGCCUCGUGCCAGCGGCUCUCCUCGGCACCAGAGCGCUCCAUCCUUACGCCAGAGCCUGUCCUGGGGCGGGGCCCUACGCCCUCACAAUCAUACGCAUAAAACCCCCCGGACUCAAUCGAUUGUACUGCGGUGCUGCGCAGGCGCGCAGCCAGGCCGGGUCCAAUAUAGGAGUCGAAUACUCGCUGCCCCCGGAGAGGGACGACGGGUAUCGACGCGGCCCCAGCAAGGUGUACGCCACAGUUCCCCAGGGGACCGUGGCGACGACGGUCGCCCCGGACUGGCUCGCGAACGAGCUGGCCGGGCGCGGCAAGAUUGAUGCGGCAUGCCGCGACCGCAUGGUCAUGCACCUGAUGACGGCCGCCGGCGCCUCGGCGCCGGCCGACGCCGUGUUCAGGUUCACGGCUGGCGAGGCAAUGCAGACCGAGGACGACGACGAGGACGCCGACCGCUCCGAGGAGUAUUCCGACGACGACGGGAGGGCGUCCGACUUGUAG